AUGUAUACGUGGAAGCUGACCGGUUAUGCUCUCAGAAGAUUCAAUAGCGAUUACGGCAGCGGUACUAACAAAUUAGCUCUCGUUCUACAACACUGCGGUCCGAGGACACAGGGUCGCGGUAAACUCGGCAGCUAUCGCCGGAGGAUAAGCUCGUGGUUCCGGGAGCAGGGUACGCAGACAGUUCAGGCUUGCAGGAAACAGUUUGAGUUUGUGGCGGCCCAGAGAAUCAGAAGGUACAUGCAGAUAUUCCACCUCUAUACGAGGAUAUGGGACGAGAUGGCACUGAGAGAAUUCAUGCGACUGUGGAGACUUAGACUCGCUAAGAACGCCAAGAACUUCCUGAUAAGCGCGGCCGGAGUAAGCGUGUACAACUGGGACCGUGAUAGGAUAAAUGACGAUGAAAUUAAUAGGUAUAAUCGUGAAAUCGAAGGAAUUUAUAGAUUAAGAGACUCUACGGUGGUCUGUACAAAGUGUCAUUUGCGAAUUGUUAUCGAUACUAUACAGUCUGAUGUAAAAUAUUGUAAAUGUAGUGGAGUUCAGUCUUCUGCUGCUUCUAAUGAGAAUUCAGACGAUUGGCAACCUUUCAUCGAGCGUCAAGAUAUGUUGAUAUGGAGGAAAGUAGAACCUGAUUCGGGUGGAUUGUUUGCCUAUAAAGUAUAUGGUUCAUUCUCUGAUGUUACCGCUGAAGAUUUUCUACAAGUACAAAUCGAUGUAGAUUAUAGAAAGCAAUGGGAUCCCACUGCUCAGGAAUUACAUAUUAUUGAGACUGAUCCGAAGUCUGAAUCAUCUGUUGAUCAUAGUACUGAUGUUAUUCAUUGGGAAAUGAUCUGGCCUAAAUUAUUUUCAAAUAGAGAUUAUGUAUAUCAACGGCGAUGGGUCAUGGAUAAAGAGAAAGGACUUGUAGUUAUUGUCAGUCGAGUGACGGAACAUCCUAAUGUACCAGAGAGGCGGGGAAUUUAUAGAGUUAGAACAUAUUGGUCAUACAUGGUGAUAAAGCCCUAUACAGAAUUUCACGAACCAGGCAUUGAAUUUGGACUUACUUACUUCGACGAUCCUGGUGUCUCUGUACCAUCUGCUGUCACUGCAUGGGUAGCAUUGAGAGGUUUACCAGACUUUCUAAUUCGCAUGAGACAGGCCUCAAAGGAUUAUCAAAAGUAUAAACUAAUGAAAAAAAAUGCACCUGACAGUAAUCGUCUUACUUUAUCUGAAGAGGACAUUUCCAAACAGCAAAUUGAUGUAGAAGAUAAGUUAAAGAACAAUAAAAAAUCGAUGAGAGAUUAUAAAGAUCAACAAAAUGAUUCUACUAACGAUACUAACAAAUUAGAUCUAACACACGAUGUACAGCAAGAAAAUGACCUAGCGGAAAGUGAAAAUAAGGAUACCACUUCUGCACCCAAAGAAGAGCAAGGUUUAUUACAUUAUUUCUAUCUUACAAAAUUAUUUGCAUUUUUGGAUUUUUGACAAAUGGAUUUAAUGAAGUAACUUUUGGCUAGUAGAUGUUUUAACGUGAUUUCGCAUGGAGGAAAUAAUAAUCUGCCGAUAAAGCUAUAGAACAGAUUCAUGGAUGUG